AUGCCUCCUCUACCACCCUCGCGGCGUGGCCAGGACAAUGUCCGCCCCGACCAGAUGAUUGACCUCAGCAGGAGGCUCGCCCAGAACACCUACAACAAGAAGUACAACCCGAGCGGCAUAGUCGACCUGGGCUCCGCCAAGAACGAGUUGAUGAUCGACGAGCUGCAGACCUGGCUGACGAGACACGACGACGGGAAGGACAAGGCCGACUAUCUCAAGUACACCGACACGCAGUGCGCUCCCGCGCUCCCAGCCUCGGCCGCCGAGUUUAUGAACCAUUUCUUCAGCCCCAGGAUCCUCCUCACCUCGUCCAACAUUCUCGCCGGAAAUGGCGUCACCGCCCUGCUGGACACGCUCUUCUUCAACAUCGCCGACGAGGGCGAGGUCGUGCUGUUCCCGACCCCGAGCUACGGCAUGUUCCACCACGAUGUGUCCACGAGAAACGGAAUCCACCUCGUCGGUGUCCCCUGCGACGACAUCACCGAGGCGCGCUUCCACCAGCAUAUCCGUCCCGGUAGGCCCCAGCCCGAACUAAUCAACCGAUUUGAGGCUGCCGCCGUCGAGCAGCGCCGUCUGGGGAGGCGAGUUGCAGCCCUGCUUAUCGCGAACCCGGACAACCCGCACGCCCGGUGCUACACGCCCGAAUUGCUGCGGUACAUGGUCGACUUCUGCCAGCGCGAGUCGAUGCAUUUUGUCGUGGACGAGAUCUAUGCGCUCAGCGGUGGUGCCAACUUCACAAGUGUGUUGAGCCUGGACCUGCGCGAUGCUGCCGGGAAUGUGCAUGUGCUUUGGGGGUUGAGCAAGGACUUUGGCAUGGGCGGGUGUCGUGUAGGCUUCCUUGCUACGUAUAACGAGCGCCUGUACCAGUCAAUGCGGACUGUGAGCAUGUUCACCUGGAUCUCGGCUUUUGGUGGGAUGGCGGCCACGACGGUCUUGUCAAACCCCAAAUACGUCCGAAGGAGGUACCUGCCCAUGUACCACAAGAUCCUGAACAAGAGGAGGAAGCAACUCGAGGACUUUCUAAACGCAAACCUGAUCCGGUACACCACCCCCGACGCCGCCUUCUUCGCUUUCGUCGACCUCUCUAGUUGGCUGUCAAAUGUCAAUGGCGACAACGACAAGGAGCGCGAGAUCAGCCUGCUCGAGUACCUGAUGGCCCGCGGCGUCUUCCUGGAGCCGGGCAGCGCCUUCUCAGCCAAGGUGCCGGGGAGUUUCCGCUUGAACUACGGAACGGACGACUUCAUCUUCAAACUAGGGCUGAAGAGACUUGCCUCCGCACUAAAGGAGCUGGAGGAGGAAGACAAGGAGUCGUUCAGGAAAGAAGCGAAGGCCUCGAGGACGAGUUUGUUGUGCUUCAAAUGA